AAACGACUGAAAUUCAUCAUGGCGUCAAAAUGUUAGCAACUAUGAAAACAAUGAAGUGAUUUUGGUGAUUGAGGCAUAUAUAUACUCGAUUCAAUACCGAUUUACAUGUGAUAAAGAUUGUCUAGGUUGUCUGCUGUACUUUUACAGAAGAAGAUGGCCAAAUUAAGAUAUGCCUGUGAUCAAGAUAAGUCUGUGUUGAUGAAUAAUUUUGAAGCUAGAGGCUGGAUACAAGUUAGUCCUGAAGAUGAUUUUAAUUUCUAUUGGGCUAAUGUACAGAAUAUAAGAAAUAUAUUUAGUAUUGAAGCUGGUUAUAGAUUGAGUGAUGACCAAUUUAUUAAUCAUUUUCCCAAUCAUAUGGAAUUAACCAGGAAAGAUCUUAUGGUAAAAAAUAUUAAAAGAUAUAGAAAAGAAUUAGAGAAAGAAGGCAAUCCAUUAGCAGAAAAAGAUGAAAAUGGCAGAUAUAUUCAUUUAGAUUUUAUUCCACAGACAUUUAUGUUACCGUCUGAUUAUAAUUUGUUUGUUGAAGAGUUUAGAAAGAAUCCCAAUACUACUUAUAUUAUGAAACCAUGUGGAAAAGCAAGAGGUAUUGGAAUAUUUCUGGUCAAUAAAUUAUCUCAACUAAAAAAAUGGUCACGAGAUGGUAAAACUAGUGUAUUUACACCACCUACAGCUAAAGAGACAUAUGUUAUAGCUAAAUAUAUAGAUAAUCCUUUAUUAAUUGGUGGGAAAAAAUUUGAUCUUAGAUUAUAUGUCCUGGUGACUUCAUUUAAACCUUUAAAAUGUUAUAUGUAUAAAUUAGGAUUUUGUAGAUUUUGUACAGUAAAAUAUAAUGCUAAUAUCAAUGAACUAGAUAAUAUGUUUGUACAUUUAACUAAUGUCUCUAUACAGAAACAAGGGGAUGAAUAUAAUUCUAUACAUGGUGGUAAAUGGACAGUCCAGAAUUUGAGGUUAUUUUUAGAAAGUACCAGAGGAAAAGAGGUGUCUGAUAAAUUAUUUGAUGAAAUUGACUGGCUCACUGUACAUUCUCUUAAAGCUGUUUCUGGGUGUAUAUCAAAUGAUAGACAUUGUUUUGAAUGUUAUGGUUAUGAUAUCAUUAUUGAUGAUAAUUUAAAACCAUGGUUAAUAGAAGUAAAUGCCUCACCAUCAUUAUCAGCAACAACAUCUAGUGAUAGAAUAAUGAAAUAUAAAUUAAUAUCUGAUGUUAUAAAUUUAGUUAUACCACCAGGAGAACCACCAGAGUAUGAUGAAGAGUUAGCUACAUCUGAUGCUUUAUCACAAGAAAUGAAAUCUAGAAUGGGAGCUGCUGCAGGAUUUAGAGGGGCUCGAGAUAGAAGAACAUCUACAUGGAAAUGAAUGUAAAAUUCACUGUCUUUUGGAGACUUUCUGUGAUAAUUUAUUGCUUGUUCUCAAGAUAAAAUAAAAUCUUGAUAAAAUUACAAGGACUGCAAUGCAUUGAAACAUCAUCUUUAUCAUACUGCCAGAAAUAAUGACUGCACUUCACAAAAUAAAUUGCCCAUUUCAUUACUAAAUUAAAGUAUUUUUUAUUCUU